AUGUCCGCGGUGGGAGAGAUCCCCAUCCUGGGCCAUCUCCUGAAGUACUUCGUGGAGGACUUGACAACCACUUUCACGUGGCGCCAGGAUGUUGGCCUGCCCCCAGGCCACAUCAAGGCCAUCCACCCCAUCGGCUCCGUCGCUGUCGUCCAGCUAGCUUGGUUUGAGGAUGCCAUCCAAGAGGCUGGAUACACGGGCCUAUUCACCGCGGACGGGAUGGCGCCGGGCGCGGCGCUGAAGGUCUUCCGUGACAACGAGGAGAGCGUGAACUCCUUCAUGCUGUACUCCCUUCGGGGCCAGAAGCCCGUCUUGCAGGGAUUUGAAGUGAUUAUAGGGUUGCUGCGCCUGUGGUGCGCAGCAGGUUUCUUGCAAGUUGAGUGCGCAGUAAGGAAGGGCUUCAGUCAGUUUGAGCACAUGCUGUGCAACAAGCUGUCGGAUUUCCGGGACAAGGGAUUUGCCGAGAAGCUGCUCCUCAAGUCGUUUGAGACAGCCUCGAAGUACCCCUUCACCACCGGCUUGUCGCAAUGGGCGGAGGGGCCUGGGCUGCUACCAGAACAUACGAAGUUCCCGUUCGUGCUGUGCCUGCGGCCUACUGACAUCAUUCGCGAGCACUUCGAGGAGUUCAAGCAUGAGAAGUUCGAGCACAUUCAAGAGCAGCUGGGCUUCCUGUGUCUUGGCCUAACGCCGGCCCUGUCGGACCUCUACGAAAUCUGGGCUGCCCCAGAGCCCAAGACAAAUCUCACGAAGAUCGGAAUGGUGAGUUUGCGCACCGAGUUCCGCAAGACGAAGUUCGGAGACACGGAGCUCUUCUUCCGACAUGACAGGUUCGAAAAUGACCUGAUGAUUCGGGAAGAUUGGAAGCCAAUUGUUGACGAUCCGGACUUCUGGUUUGACGAGGGUGCCAACAACCGGUACAGUGAUGUGGAUCCGGGGGAGAAGGACUCCGGUCUUGGGCAGAAUGCGUGGGCUGGUGGCUACAAUCCAGCCGGCGUGUCCGAGAUGAUGAACGAUGCCCAGCACACCGGGGGCUCACUGCUCGAAACGGGCUCCCGCCCGCGUUGCCCCUUCGCGUAUCUCCAUCAAGGCGAGAGCAGCAUCGUCCACUCGCUGUUGUCGAAGUGA